GGCGGCCGCCUUGCUCCGUUAGUGCUUUGCUAGACUGCCUGAGGAAAAGGAGCAGCAGUUGGUGCCGUAGCUGAGAUCUCCUUUAGCAGCUAACGGGCCGAGCCCGCUGGGCUGUCCCUUCGGACGGUCAGACCGAGUACCCUUGAGUCGUGUAAGAAUCCGGCCAGGGAAUCUCCUUUCCCUAGACGGCUGCCCAAGAUGAGCAACAUUUACAUCCAGGAGCCGCCCACGAACGGAAAGGUUUUAUUGAAAACAACAGCUGGUGAUAUUGACAUAGAACUAUGGUCAAAAGAGGCUCCUAAAGCAUGUCGAAAUUUCAUUCAACUUUGUAUGGAAGGUUAUUAUGACAACACAAUAUUUCACAGGGUUGUACCUGGUUUUAUAAUCCAAGGAGGAGAUCCUACUGGUACUGGAACUGGCGGAGAAUCUAUCUAUGGAGCUCCUUUCAAGGAUGAAUUUCACUCACGAUUGCGUUUUAAUCGGAGGGGACUGGUUGCCAUGGCAAAUGCUGGACCUCAUGAUAAUGGCAGUCAGUUUUUCUUUACCUUGGGUCGUGCAGAUGAACUUAACAAUAAACAUACCAUUUUUGGAAAGGUAACAGGAGACACGGUAUACAAUAUGCUAAGAUUGACAGAAGUGGACAUUAAUGAAGAAGAAAGGCCACUUAAUCCACAUAAAAUAAGAAGUUCUGAGGUUUUAUUUAAUCCUUUUGAUGACAUCAUACCAAGAGACAAUAAGAAGCCAAAGAAGGACAAAUCAGAAGAUGAAGUAAAGAAAUUAACAACUAAAGGCACAAAAAAUUUUAGUUUACUUUCAUUUGGAGAAGAAGCUGAAGAGGAAGAAGAAGAAGUAAACCGAGUUAGUCAGAGCAUGAAGGGAAAAAGCAAAAGUAGUCAUGAUUUGCUGAAAGAUGAUCCACAUCUCAGUUCAGUUCCAGUUGUUGAAAGUGAAAAGGGUGCAGAUUCAAUGACAGGAGAUUCAGAUGAUAAUGAAAAUGGAUGUGAAGAAGAUGAAGAUGAUAGUGAUGAAAAGAAUCUAAUGAAAGAACGAAUUGCCAAGAAAUUGAAAAAGGAUAGAAGUGAAAAUGUCAAAUCUACUAAAGGAGUAGAUAAAGAAAUAGAGAAAAAAUCAGCUAGCCGCAGUGACGAACUCAAGAAAGAAGUCCGACUCCUAAAGCGAGAACUCUUAGCUGCAAAAAGAAAGAAAGAUGAUGACACUUUGGCCAAACAAACAGAAAAGAGAAUGGAAGAAGAUGAUGUUUCAGAUAGUGCUGUUGCAGAAUAUCGAAGAGAAAAGAAAAAAUAUGAAGCUUUAAAGAAGCAACAGCCAAAGAAAGGGUCAUCCCGAGAAGAACAGACACUGGCACUGUUGAAUCAGUUUAAAUCUAAACUUAAUCAGGCCAUCGCUGAAACUCCUGAAAAUGAAACUUCUGAAACUGAAGUAGACGAUGAUGAAGGAUGGAUGUCCCAUGUGCUUCAGUUUGAGGAUAAAAGCAGAAAGGUAAAAGAUGCAAGCAUGCAGGAUGAAGAUACUUUUGAAAUCUAUGAUCCCCGGAAUCCAGUGAAUAAGAGAAGAAGAGAAGAAAGCAAAAAGAUCAUGCGAGAGAAAAAAGAAAGAAGAUAAAAAGAAAGUAUUGUUCACCAAAAUUCACUGAAAAAGUGAUGGCAAUCUAAGUGGCCUUAUGAAAAGCCAUUGUUCCUGAAAGCAUCACUUAAAAGUGUAAAAAGAAAUAGUUUAUGAACUUGUUGUCUGAUUUUGAGACACAAUUAUCUUUUUAUGAAUUAUGCAAUGAAGUAAGUAAAUGAUUUGGAUGAUACUGGGUAGUCCACAUUCCAUGAUGUUUUUCUAACGGCAUUUUAUAUGACUGAUUCUGAAUUCAAAUAGUUUUUAUUCUUGUCUGCAUGUAACCACUUACACGAUAUACCAAUUGAAUUUUGUCUUUUCAACACCAAAAGUUGAGAUAACCUCAGAAAUAAAAUCCAAAGAAAGCCUU